AUUCUUCUCCCACUCAUCCCCAUCUUCUUCUCUUCUCUUCACUUUCUCUCUCUAAAAAACUUCUCUCUUUCUCUCUCCUCUCUCUAGAAAACAAAAAAAAAUGUAAGAAUUUUACUACCCCUUUCCUCUGUGUUCAUGAUUCUCACUGAAAUCCAAGUUCUUAGCAUGCAAAUCUGAUUCACUGCACCCUCGAUAUAAGUCUCAUUACUCCCAAAUUUACAUAAAAGGAAAGCUAAGGCUAGGUCUGUGCGAAUGGGGGCCACGAGCUCCAAAUUGAAUGAUGAUAAGGCACUCCAGCUGUGCCGUGAGAGGAAGAAAUUUGUCAGGCAAGCACUUGAUGGGCGUUGUUCUCUAGCAGCCGCGCAUGCUAUAUAUGUGCAGUCCCUGAAAAGUACAGGAACAGCUCUGCGAAAAUUCACAGAACCUGAAGCACCUAUUGAAUCUUCGUUGUAUACUUCCACCAGUGCAACGCCAGAACCACUUGGUUUAACUGGGAAGACCCUGUCUCAGUUCUCGUUCUCCUCACCAUCUGCGUCACAGCGUAUUGAUCCAGCUGAAGCAUUUUCCCCAACACCCUCUCCUCCUAGCUCUAGAAAGUUCCAAGCAAAUCCUAUGAAAUUUAGCAGUAGUUCUUCUAAAAAGGUAGAAGAAAAGCCACCUGUACCUGUUGUAGGAACAGUAACAUCAUCAGGUACACCACAAAAUGCCACUCCUCGUUCUGAACGGUCUGAAACAACAGCAUUUGAAGAUUCUUCUCUUCCAGAUGGAACUCCACCGUGGGAUUUCUUUGGCCUUCUUCAUCCAAUUGACCAUCAGUUUUCUUUUCAAGAAGGGAAGGGCAUGCACCAAGAUAUGGGCAAUGCUGACGAUAUAACAAGACUAAGGGAGGGGGAAGGAAUGCCUGAGUUGGAAGAUGAUGAAGAGAAAGUUUAUUCUCAUGGAAAGGAAGACUCUCUGGACUCUGAAGAUGAAUUCGAUGAUGAGCCUGCUGCAGAUACCCUAGUCCGAAGAUUUGAAAAUUUUAACAGAGUUAAUGACCAUGUACAAGCAAAUGGAUUACCUACCCCAAAUAAGCCGCAGUCAGGAGAUUCAGCUUCUGAAGUUGAAUUUGUGAAUCGAGGGAAGGGGAGCUCUCCUGAUGCAUCACCAUUAAAGACAGCAUCUCCUGCAUCGGUGCUUCCAACUGAAACAAGUAAGUUUGUGGAGAAAGAAAAUCAGAAUGAAAGUAAAGUUGCCCCCAAGGAUUUCUUUGCAAGCAUGAAAGUUAUAGAAUCCCUCUUCGUUAAAGCCUCUGAAUCUGGUAAAGAGGUUCCAAGGAUGCUUGAAGCAAAUAAGUUGCAUUUUCGCCCUAUACUUCCAGGAAAAGAAAAUGGUUCGGUGGCAUCCUCAUUAUUGAAGGCAUGUUUCUCAUGUGGGGAAGACCCAAGUCAAGUCCCAAAAGAACCUGCUCAGAACUCGGUUAAGUAUUUAACUUGGCAUAGGACAAUGUCCUCUCCAUCCACUUCAUCCAGAAACCUUAUGGGAGCAAACUCAAAAGAUGAUAUGGAAGACCAUACAAAUAAUCUAUUCGAUAAUUUCUGUAUGAUCUCUGGAAGCCAUGCAUCAACCUUGGAUAGAUUAUAUGCAUGGGAAAGGAAGCUCUAUGAUGAAGUCAAGGCUAGUGGGGUGAUCAGAAAGGAAUAUGACAUGAAGUGUAAAAUCUUGCAGCACUUGGAAUCACAAGGAGAGAAGACCUCUACAAUUGAUAAAACUCGUGCUAUAGUCAAGGAUCUGCAUUCACGGAUCAGAGUUGCAAUUCUCAGGAUAGACUCUAUAUCAAAGAGGAUUGAGGAAUUACGGGACAGAGAGCUUCAGCCACAACUAGAGGAGUUAAUUGAAGGGUUAAGUCGGAUGUGGGAAGUGAUGUUUGAUUGUCACAAGCUUCAGUUUCAGAUCAUAUCAACAGCACUUAACAGUAGCCAUGCUAGAAUCACCAUGAAUUCUGAACUACGUAGACAAAUUGCUUCCUAUCUUGAAAGUGAACUCCAUCAUCUAGCUUCAAGUUUUACAAAGUGGAUCGGAGCUCAGAGGUCCUAUCUGGUGGCGAUAAAUGGAUGGCUGAACAAAUGUGUUCCCCUUCAACAGAAAUCAGUCAAGAAAAAAAGAAGGCCUCAACCUCCACUCCUGAGAAUUUAUGGUCCUCCAAUAUACACCACCUGCGAUAUCUGGUUGGAAAAGGUUGGUGAAUUACCCUUCCAGGAUCUCGUGGAUUCUAUGAAGAGUUUAGCGGUUGAAACUGCGCGGUUCUUACCGCGUCAUGAGAAGAAGCAUGGAAAAGCUGUGAAUCGCGCUAAUCUAACAUCCUGGACCGCCGCUGAUAUCGGUAGCGAAUCAAGGGAUAAUCUGUUGAGAGAUGACACCUCAGAAGACUGGAAUCCAGGUUUUGAUCGAUUUCGAGCAAGCUUUAUUAACUUUCUUGGUCAGUUAAAUGGUUUUGCUGGUUCUUCUGUCAAGAUGUACACAGAUCUGAGACAAGACAUUCAGAAUGCUAAGAGUCGUUAUAACUAUAGAUCUAAUUCUCAGACUCAAGAUGGUUUGGGAAAUUCUCAAUCUCAAGAUGAUCAUUCCAAGUCCCAAUCUAAAGUUGAUAAGUCUAAAAUGGAAAGCUCCAAAGAAUGAAAAUAAUGGAUUAAACAUAGGGAAGUUGCAGUUUUAUAGCUAUUUUGAGCUCAUUAAUUUUGACUCAGAAACUUGUCCAUUGGAUGUGGCAUAUACACAUGGAAAGGACAGAAUAAAAUCUUUGCUGGUUGGUGAUACUUUUAUUUGAUAGAUUCAUCCUUUAAACAAUAAAAUGGAGUGGUUAACUCCCAGGAUAGGUGAAUAUGCUGUAAUUACUAGAUUCAGUUGAAGAGUUUGUGUGCAAAGAGAAGGAUUUUGUAUAGUUUGUAAACAAAAGUGUCUCUUAUAAGACUUGUUUUUUCUUUACCAGUACAAAUCGUUUGCAUAAA